AUGGACAAGUCUGUUAAUGCUUCUUCAGAAACCCAACCCGUUUCUGAACCCCAACCUUCAAUUUCUCUGAAGUUCACCAACAAUUCUCUUCCGAACCCUGCCGACUGGGAACAUAUCGUACUGUCCUUCAAACCGACGAAGUUGGAGAAGAUCAUGGAGAGUGUGGGGAAAUCGCACACCGAGCAGACUCGUUCCCAGACUUGGUCCGUCGUGGGUGAAGCGCUCUCCAACUCUCUGCUUUCCGCCCCAGAUGGCGUAUACAUGCAGAUGACUGCCGUGCUUUUUGGAAAGGACUAUUUUCUCUUCACCCGCAGAGGGAUCAAGCCGGCUGAUGGUGAAGGGGGGAUCCUCGAGGUCAAGAUCAAGCAGAAACAUGAGGGCAGCGAGUGGGAGGCUCGCUGGCGCGUGGCGCGCCCUCACGUAACUCAUUACGUGAGAAACUUAUUGGCUCGUAUAUCCCGGUUGUAUGAAGAGAGGAAGAGGCGGUUGGAACUGAUGUUCAAGGAGGAGAAACCAGAGGACGAGGGGAAGCCGGACGGGCAAUGCGGCUCAUGA